AUGGGCCUACUGUGGACCCCACUCUCCCUUUUGCUCCUCUUGCUUGGGAAGCCUGCCUGCAUGAGGACCCAGGACCACCCCAGCUGUCCAGAACCCAGGGAACUGGAAACCAGCAAGGUUGUCCUCCUGUCCAGCUGUCCUGGAGCCCCAGGAAGUCCUGGGGAGAAAGGAGCUCCAGGUCCUCAAGGGCCACCUGGACCACCGGGCAAGAUGGGCCCCAAGGGUGAGCCCGGAAAUCCAGCGAACCUGCUCCGAUGCCAGGAGGGCCCCAGGAGCUGCCAGGAGCUGCUGAGCCAGGGCGCCACCUUGAGUGGUUGGUACCACCUGUGUCUACCUGAGGGCAAAGCCCUCCUUGUCUUUUGUGACAUGGACACUGAAGGAGGUGGCUGGCUGGUGUUCCAGAGGCGACAGGAUGGUUCUGUGGAUUUCUUCCGCUCUUGGUCCUCCUACAAAGCAGGUUUUGGGAGCCAGGAGUCCGAAUUCUGGCUGGGGAAUGAGAAUUUGCACCAGCUUACCCUCCAGGGUACCUGGGAGCUGCGGGUGGAGCUGGAGGACUUCAAUGGCAACCGCACCUUUGCCAGCUAUGAGUCCUUCCGCCUCCUUGGGGACACAGAUCACUACCAGCUGGUUCUGGGCAAGUUCUUAAAGGGCACUGCAGGGGACUCCCUGAGCUUCCACAGCGGGAAGCCCUUUACCACCCACGACGCUGACCAUGAUACAAGUAGGGGCAACUGCGCGGUGAUUGUCCACGGCGCCUGGUGGUACGGAUCCUGCUAUCAAUCCAAUCUCAACGGGCGUUAUGCGACGUCCCAGGCCACUGCCCACAAGUAUGGCAUCGACUGGGCCUCAGGCCUGGGCGUGGGCCACCCUUACCGCAGGGUUCGCAUGAUGCUUCGCUAGGGUACCCUGGCAGCCAGCGCGCUUAUCUCUCUUGU